CGAUAUUGCCUCAACUGUAAACUCAUUAAGAAUCUGUUGCAACCACCCUCUUGGAUUUUUAAAAUUAGUUUUUAAAAUACAGCAAACAUGUGUUUACCAAAUAAAUAUUGAUCUGUUCAGACAAAUUAAUGCAAGUCAUUGUGCAAAAGGGGGAGAGUCUAUGUUCUUCAGUUUAGGAAAUAGUUGACCAUCAUAAGUUGCGCCUCAAAUUUUGGACCGCACUAUGGUGCAUUUUAACAGCUUAUCAAUGUUUUGUUUGUGUGUUUGCCUUUCCUCUAGCUGGGCGACAAGUUUGUGCAAAAUCUGUUCAACCUCUCGUCAGGAUCCCACAGAAUGGACAGAGGCAAAGAGCAAGAAAAUUUCUUGAAGAAAGAGUGGUUGGAAAAGCCUGGACUAGACAGAGAUUUAGACGCCGUAGAAAAGCAAGAACAGAAGUUCGGGGAUAUGCCAAAAAGGCCCGCCAAGAUGGACGAGAUACCGAGCUUCAAGAAAGACGAUAUCUUGGAUAACACGCGGCACAUCAAAGUGAACGAGCAAGACAAACACGACAAGUGGAUCGUGGUGACGUCAAUCGCCUUGCCCACUGCUGACGUCAAGUUCCUGUCUCAGAUACCCGAAUGGAAGGUGGUGGUCGUUGGCGAUACCAAGACACCCGUUAAUUGGAGGCUCCUCAAGGCACCCUUUAUAUGA